GUUGCAACUUACCUUGAAAUACCAAUAACUACUAGGAUAUUCUUCCCAAGAGAAAAUGAAGAUGGAAGUGGAAGGAUUCAUGGUGGUGCUCUUACUACUGUAUUGGGCAAUCCUCAACGCUGCAGUCGAAUGUCCGAUUAACUUCGACUAUGUUGCUCAGUGGUCAUGGAACCCAUCUUCCUGUCAAUCUAUUCAAACUACAGAGGAACUGAAUAAUUGUGGAAUGGCGUUGAGAAGCAUGUUGGGUGUAGGCCUUGCACAAUACCUGAGAGAUGAAUCGGCAUUCGAACUUCCCGACAAUGCCUCUGCUGCUGCCUGCUUGAUCAGAUUCCAGCAAAAGCUAACAUUUUUGGGUCUUCGACCUAAUUUGGUUCAACUCUGUUUUAACGACACAUCUGAGUUUGUCUCGAAUCCAAGCCUGUGUGCAGGUAUACAGACCAAGAAAGACUGGAUUCACAAAGUAGGAAUAACUUCAUUGGACACGGUGUGCAAAGGGGAUUUGUCUUCAAUCUCUGCCUGCCGUAUGUGCCAUGACAGCGGAGAAGUGGUUCACAGGCAGCUGCUGAGCAAGAUAAAAAAUGCUACAGAGGAAAUAAGCAACCUAUGUUACUAUUUUGCGUGCCUGUAUGCUAUUGGCGUGGUCAACGAAUUUGGGCCUAUGGAUAGAGGAGCUGCUGGGUGUAUACUCCGCAUGCCCUUCAUGCACACCAAACCCACAUCUCACAGACAAAUAGCUUUAUACGGUUGUAUGGGCGCUGUAAUAGGUAUCUUUGUGAUCUGUAGCCUGGGCAUGUGUUAUUAUUGGUGGGUGAAGAUUAAAAACAGAGCCAAGCACAGGCAUUGGGUGGAAAUGAGCAGAGGGCUUUUGAAGCCCAACACUGGGGCAGUCUGGCUCAGCUUGGAAGAGAUCGCGGCCGCCACGGACAAUUUCAGCCCCGCCAAUGUCAUCGGUGAAGGAGGUUUCGGGACUGUGUACAGGGGAACUCUUUCCGACGGUCAACAGAUCGCUGUGAAGAGAAUCAGAAACUGUACUUCGGAAGGCGAUUCGGAGUUUAAAAAUGAGGUGGAGAUAAUAAACAGCAUCAGGCACCGGAAUCUGGUCGUUCUCAGAGGUUUCUGUGUUGCUAGCGAUGACACAGAUGGACGCCAGAGGUUUUUGAUCUACGACUACUUGGCUAAUGGCAGCCUCGAUGAACAUAUCUUCGGAGAUAGGGGUAAAAACAGGGGAGAUUUGAAUUGGGACCAGAGGAAGAACAUAGCAGUCGGCACUGCAAAGGGCUUAUGUUAUUUGCAUUUCGGAGUUCAGCCUGCGAUUUAUCACAGAGAUAUUAAGGCCACUAACAUUUUGCUGGAUGACGAAAUGAACGCCUGUGUGGCGGAUUUUGGGCUCGCGAGAAUGACGACAGAAGGGCAAUCGCACCUGACUACACGAAUAGCGGGUACCCAUGGCUACUUGGCUCCUGAAUAUGCUCUGUAUGGUCAGCUUACAGACCGAAGUGAUGUCUACAGUUUUGGGGUUGUUCUGUUGGAGAUUAUGAGCGGAAGAAAGGCUCUGGACACAUCUGUGGAGUGUACUUCUGAUUAUCUUAUCACAGAUUGGGCUUGGAAGCUUGUGAAGGUAGGCAAAACGAUUGAGAUCGUGGAUGUCGGAAUCCGUGACAAGGGGCCAGUGGAUAUUAUGGAGAGAUUCGUUUUAGUGGGUAUUCUGUGUGCUCAUGUUAUGGUGGCAUUCAGACCAAGCAUGGUGGAGGCUUUGAAGAUGUUGGAGGGAGAGGCCGACAUUCCAGAGAUUCCCGAUAGGCCUUUGCCUCUUCUCAACCAGGGAGCUUUGGAGGAUGGAUAUUCCAACUCUGUUCUGUUUUCAAAUUCAGAGUCUCUGUAAAACAUUUAAAGAACUUAAAUGGUUAAUAAGUUCAUAGCAAUCUUUUAUUUUAUUUUCAGAUAAAUGCGGGGCUGGAAAGUGUAUGUGGGGUUGGAAUUGGUUGCAAGAAACACAACAUUAGGAAUAAUAUUUAAAAAGUGAUUGAAUAGUUGUUUUAUUAUUAUUGGUUGGACUA